UUCUCUCUCUCUCUCUCUCUCUCUCUCUCUCUCUCUCUCUCUCUCUCAAAGACACCCCCCACCCUUUACCCUGAAAAUAUCGAAUAAAUUUAUUGGCGAGAUUUUGUGUCGUGGGUCACUUGGCUUCUUCGAGCGCUGUCUUGUUCGUAUGGUUCUGAAGAGACUUUGAUUCCAGGGUCCAUCAAUGGCUGCCCUUCUUUUCCUUCUCGUCUUCCUCUCUUCUGCCUCCGCUCUCUCUGAAGAUGCUUUCGUAGGUGUAAACAUUGGUACGGACCUCACAGACAUGCCUAGUCCCACCCAAGUGGUUGCUCUUCUCAAAACACAGAACAUUCGCCACGUCCGGCUCUAUGACGCUGACCGUGCAAUGCUCUUAGCCCUCGCCAACACUGGCAUUGAGGUCAUUGUCUCCGUCCCCAAUGACCAACUCCUCGGGAUUGGCCAGUCAAACGCAACCGCAGCCAACUGGGUCACGAGAAAUGUUGCAGCCUAUGUCCCGGCCACCAAUAUAACUGCUGUUGCGGUUGGGUCAGAGGUUCUCACGACAGUUCCAAAUGCAGCCCCUGUCCUUGUCUCGGCCCUCAAGUAUCUCCAGUCGGCUCUUGUUGCGGCCAAUCUUGACCGUCAGAUCAAAGUUUCGACCCCUCAUUCUUCUUCCAUCAUUCUUGAUUCUUUUCCACCGUCACAGGCGUUCUUCAACAAAACUUGGGAGCCAGUAAUAGUGCCUCUCCUGAAGUUUCUGCAGUCUACAGGAUCGUAUCUGAUGCUCAACGUUUACCCUUACUACGACUACGUUCAAUCCAAUGGCGUGAUUCCUCUGGAUUAUGCACUUUUCCGCCCUCUCCAGGCCAACAAAGAAGCUGUGGAUGCCAACACUUUGUUGCACUACACCAACGUCUUUGAUGCGGUGGUGGAUGCAGCCUACUUUGCAAUGUUAUAUCUAAACUUCACCAACGUUCCAAUUGUGGUAACUGAAUCUGGAUGGCCCUCAAAGGGUGGUCCGUCUGAACGGGAUGCCACUACUGACAACGCUAACACUUACAACAGCAACCUGAUCGGACACGUUCUCAACAACACUGGAACUCCUAAACACCCGGGGAUCGCUGUUAGCACCUAUCUCUACGAGCUCUACAAUGAGGAUUCACGUCCUGGACCUGUUUCCGAGCAGAAUUGGGGACUCUUCUACUCAAAUGGAACGCCCGUUUAUGAGUUGCGUUUGGCAGGUGCUGGAACAGUACUGGCCAAUGACACGACUAACCAGACGUUUUGUGUUGCCAAGGAAAGCGUUGAUAAGAAGAUGCUUCAGGCCGCCUUGGACUGGGCCUGCGGUCCCGGCAAAGUCGACUGCUCGCCGUUGCUGCAGGGUGAGCCGUGUUAUGUGCCGGACAGCGUGGUUGCGCAUUCGUCUUAUGCGUUUAACGCUUAUUAUCAGAAGAUGGCUAAGUCUCCAGGAAGUUGUGAUUUCAAGGGAGUGGCAACUGUCACCUCUACUGAUCCAAGCCAUGGCUCGUGCGUUUUCCCUGGAAGUUCCGGCAGAAAUGGGACGCACGGAAACACCACGGCACAUGCGCCUUCGGCAAACUCUUCCACCUCCGGCUGCCUCCCCCGGUUCAAUCACCACUGCCCGUCUUUUGCUAACUCUGCGGUUCUCGUUCUUCUGCUCAUCAUUGCCCCAGUGUUCUUGUAGAGGACUCAAUUCUUCUUUCGUUUUAUUUUUUCUUGCGAGUGUUUCUGGAACAGUGGGAUAAAAGAACCCCCGGGUGUUGUACUAUUGUGUACCCAAUUUUGUUCUGAUGCUCUCCUUAACCGGAGGUCUCUUGGGGUAGUAGCUCUUAGAUUUCAGGGGUAUAUAGUAAUCAGUCACAGUUCCAGUGAGCUGAACAUUCGAUUCUUUUAA